UCCUGAAAUGUUUAAAGAAAGAAUUUUUCACAUCGUUAUGUGCUCAUAUGAUCUCACAUCAAACCACAAUCUCACUUGGCUUCAUUGAAUGGGAAUCAAAAAGAAAAGCAUGUCAUUUCCGUAUCUAAUCAGUCAUGAGAAAGCUACACCAUAAAAAAUUUCAUCAAGUUGUACAAAGUAAUUCAUUCCAUGAUUUGGUAUUUCACAUAUCUACUGUGUAGUUCCAUGUUAUUAACAGGACUUCAACAACCCAAUUCUUUGGAUAAUACAAUAGAUUGUUGAAUGCAAUCAAACUUUAUGAGAAACAAUUGAAUAAUGACUCCAAGAACAAGUUAAAUUACAUAUAUUAUGAUUGAUAAUUUGGAAAACAAAUGAAUAUUAAAAAGCAUUUAAAUAAUCAGUAGACAGUAGGUAAAAGUCAAACUGCAUAUGUAUUGAUCAAAAACGAUAAUGUUGUUGUGCCUUUCCAUUUCUGAUAAAUGCUUAGAUAUGUAUUUGCUCACAAUGUAACUAUAAAGGCUAUGUUCAAUUUAAUUGUUAUUUCAAAUAACAUUCUCAAUGAGAAGCUUUACAUUUGCAUUCAAAACAAAUAUUUCUAUUGUUUUUUUCGGUUGUUCUUCAAAAGAGAGAGAACGAAGAAACUAAACGAAUGAUGAAUCAUCUUCCUAUCCAAGAAAAAGAAAUCGUUUACGAUGUAAUUGUUCUCUUUAUUGACAUUCAACUCUGUACAAAUGUUCUAAUAAUAACGUGAAAAUCGUUAAUUAUUUUAGAAUUUUGGAAGAAACAACACAUAUAGUGCUUGGCACUUGUAAAAUUUUCUGUCUCAAGAUAAAUACUUUGUUCUUGGAGAUAACAUAUUACAAGGCCUUAUAUAAAUCGUGAUGUAUAUGGAAUCCAGAGUGCUAAUUCUAAUAUUAAUUUAAUGGUCACACAUAGACUUAGCCUUAUUUUAAAUCAUUUUUAAAAUAAUUGUUGAUAAGAUUAUUUGCUACCAGAGCAAUGAGAUACCUGACGCUUGUUGAUUCAUGUUUUUAUUUAGCUGAAUGAUAAAUGUGUGGCUUAUCCAUAUUCUGAAAACUGUGUGAUGAACACUUAUUAAAUACAACAUAUUGUAGUAAAAGACACUGACAUGCUUAUGCAAAUCGAUGAUAGAAAUCUUUCUAAUAGCAGCAAAAAAAAAUGAUUUAUGUGUCUAAAUGAUGUUCAUCAUUGUAGAUCAUUGUCGACACCGAAUUUUAGUGCAUGUUGUCGAUAUGAACUAAACAUUUUGUCACAUUUUCUGUCUGAUACAUGUCCAUAGCUUCAAUCAUGUUGAGUUGCUUGCAGAAUUUCAAAUGCUGACAAAAACUUGCGUCAUACAUUUGUAUGAAAUUUUUAAAACAACGAUAUGGUGUCGAAAGUAAUGAUUAUAAGAAGAAGUUGACAAUGAUAAAACUAUUCAUAUGAUGAUUCAUUUCAUUUUAUGAAUAAUAAACUCAAUUCACUUUGAAAGCCGCCUCAUAAAUAAUAAAUUCUUGAAUUUUCAGUAAAAUGAAAUGAAGUUUGCUGCUAGCGACAUGUAUUUUAUAUAUUUUCUUACAUUUGAAUGUCCAUUCAAUAAUCUUCUACAACACCCUAUCAUAGUUGUAUUUCAAUUCAUCUCUGAGAAACUAAAAUAGAGAAAUGGUUUUCUUUUUUGCUCUGCUAUUUUCACAUUCGAUCGAAAGUCAACAUUGAUCAAUGACGCACAUAGUUUGUAAUGGCAACAUUGUUGCGCAAGCUCUUUCUUUUGAAUGGUUAACAAUUCUACAAACGACACUUAGUUACCCAAUGUAUAUAUAUAUCAAAAAAUUUUUAUUAUAAAUUGAGAGAAGGAUAAUUAAAAUAAUAAACGAUGGCACAUGGCAUUGCUGAUGAAGAUCCUACGAAAAAGGAAAUUAUCGAUUCACCGAAAGUUAUCGAUCAGAAACUUGAGCAAUUGGCUGAUUGGAUUCGUAACGCUAAACAUUUUAUUGUGUUUACUGGUCAGUCACAAAUAAAGUUGAAAUAAAUAAGAUAAUAAAAGAAACAUUUUUAAUUAUAGGUGCAGGUAUAUCGACAUCUACAGGGUGAGUAGAACUUAUGAUAUUUUCUUAGUUAGCAAGUUUUUAGCGAGAAGUCAAGGACUGAAUGAUUAGAAUACGAGAUAUUAUCAAGAAGGUUUUACUGAAAAAGACUAACACUCUUGAACCUUUUCUGAUUUACUCAUGGGUAACAUAUAGGCUACACUGGCUUUUCUUCCAACGAAGAGGAAUAAGAGCUGCAUAAUUUAUUGACGAAUGAGUGUUACAUUUUAAUUUUUAGAAUAUAAUUAUUGUUAUUCUCUGUUUAGUAUUCCUGAUUUUCGAUCUAGUAUAAAUACUAUUCUUCCAACGGGACCGGGUGUAUGGGAACUUCGUGACCAUCCAGGUGUUAAACGUUCUCCAACGGCUUUUACAGUCAAUAUGACAAAAGCGAUUCCAUCAGCUACACAUAUGGCACUGGUUGAAUUGGCUCGUCAGAAUCUUCUUCAAUUUGUUGUUUCUCAAAACAUAGACGGUCUUCAUUUAAGAUCUGGCUUGCCUUCAACUCUCAUAGCCGAAUUACAUGGAAAUUCUAAUUUGGAGGUAUGCAAAAAAUGUCAAACGAAAUGUUUACGUGAUUAUCGAACGCGAACAGCUGUCAAAGCUCACGAUCAUCAAACAACUCGUAAGUGUUCUAAAUGUCGUUCGACACUGUACGAUUCAAUUAUUAACUUUGGUGAAAGUCUUCCUAAACAAGAACUCGAAGCAAGUUUUGAACAUGCACGAAAAGCUGAUGUGUGUCUAGUGUUGGGUUCUUCAUUACGAGUUACACCAGCAGCAGAUAUUCCACAGAUGGUUGGCAAACGUGGUGGCAAAUUAAUUAUUGGCUGA